ACAAAAUUGCUGACCAUUUGAUUCCACUCGCUAGUCUCGACUAGCAAGAAUGAGUGCCACAGCUGCCGCCCUUGCCAUGGUGGAGGAAACCAUUCAUCAUGUUGACAGGCGUGCAGUUGCCAACCGCUACGCUGCCCAACUUCAGCUGUGCUGCCCCCACAGCCCCACCUCAUAUACCCGAGCCCGCACCAUCCAUGGCCACAUGAUAACUUCUGGGUUCAAGCCGCGUGGCCACAUUCUCAACCGCUUGAUUGAUGUGUAUUGUAAAUCAUCUAACCUUGGAUACGCCAAGAAACUGUUUGAUAGAAUUCCCCAACCAGAUGUUGUCGCAAGAACCACUUUAAUAGCUGCAUAUUCUGCUUCUGGGAGUCCUAAGCUUGCAAGGGCUAUUUUUGAUGGGACACCUUUGCGGGUUCGGGAUACAGUUAUAUAUAAUGCUAUGAUCACCUGCUAUUCGCACAACGAUGAUGGCAAUGCCGCAAUUAGGCUGUUUAAUGAUAUGAGAAAGAAUGGUUUUUGGCCCGAUAACUUUACAUAUACAAGUGUAGUUAGUGCUUUGGCUUUAAUAGCUGAUCAAGAAAAGCAUUGCGGGCAGCUCCAUUGUGCAGUUGUCAAGUCUGGAACUGGCAUGGUAAUCUCGGUGAUGAAUGCGCUUAUAUCGGUGUAUGUAAAGUGUGCUGCAUCGCCAUUAGUGUCUGCCUCUUCUUUGUUGGGCUCAGCAAGGAAGUUAUUUGAUGAGAUGCCUGUGAGGGAUGAAUUGUCCUGGACAACUAUCAUUACAGGAUAUGUGAAAAACAAUGAGCUUGCUGCUGCUCGUGAAGUCUUUGACGGAAUGGAGGAGAAAUUGGUGGUUGCUUGGAAUGCAAUGAUUUCAGGAUAUGCGCACAAGGGAUAUUCUUCUGAAGCAUUAGAAAUGUUUAGAAGGAUGUGUCUGUUAGGCAUUAAGCACGAUGAAUAUACGUAUACCAGUAUCAUUAGUGCCUGUGCGGAGGCUGGAUUGCUUCUUCAUGGAAAGCAGCUGCAUGCUCACAUUCUGCGAACAGAGCCCACAACUGGAGGGGAAUUUUCAGUUUCUGUCAGCAAUUCCCUGAUGACAUUCUACUGGAAAUGUAAUAAGAUUGAUGAUGCCCGUAAAAUAUUUGACAAGGCUGUCGUUAAGGAUCUUGUUUCUUGGAAUGCAAUCUUAUCAGCAUAUGUGAGCGCAAGAAGAAUUAGAGAAGCAAAAUCUUUUUUUGACCAGAUGCCUGAGAAAAAUUCUUUAUCAUGGACAGUUAUGAUAGCGGGAUUUGCACAAAAUGGGUUUGGAGAGGAAGGUUUGAAGCUGUUCAAUCAGAUGAGGUUAAAUGGUAUUGAACAGUGUGAUUAUGCUUUUGCUGGGGCAAUUACUUCUUGUGCAGUGCUUGCAGCUUUAGAGCACGGGCGACAACUUCACACUCAGCUGGUGCUGCUUGGUUUUGAUUCAAGCCUUUCAGCUGGAAAUGCAUUAAUAACAAUGUAUGCCAGAUGUGGUGUUGUUGAGGCAGCACACUUCUUGUUUCUUACCAUGCCCUACGUGGAUUCGGUAUCUUGGAAUGCAAUGAUAGCCGCCUUAGGCCAGCAUGGACAUGGCUGUCAGGCACUGAGACUUUUUGAAGACAUGCUGGGUGAAGAAAUAGCUCCUGAUCGAAUAACCUUCCUCACUGUUCUUUCUGCCUGUGCUCAUGCGGGUUUGGUGGAAGAAGGAAGCCGCCUUUUUAAUUCAAUGUAUGAGAAAUUUGGAAUAAGCCCUGGUGAAGAUCAUUAUGCGCGUUAUAUUGAUUUGUUGUGCCGAGCUGGAAAGUUAUUAGAAGCAAAAGAUGUAAUUCAUUCUAUGCCUUUUGAGCCUGGGGCACCUAUUUGGGAAGCUUUCCUUGCUGGUUGUCGAAAUCAUCGAAAUAUAGACUUAGGGGUUCAAGCUGCAGAGCGACUCUUUGAUCUGAUUCCGCAACAUGAUGGAACCUAUAUACUCUUGUCAAACAUGUUCUCAAGUUCUGGUCGUUGGGAUGAUGCAGCCAAGGUGCGAAAAUUGAUGCGAGACAAAGGAGUUAAGAAAGAGCCUGCUUGUAGUUGGAUUGAGGUUGAUAACAAAGUGCAUGUAUUUUUGGUGGAUGAUACUGUACACCCUGAGGUACUAGCAAUUUAUGAGUAUCUAAAAGAGUUAGGACUGAGAAUGAGGAAACUGGGAUAUGUUCCAGACACAAGAUUUGUCUUGCACGAUAUGGAGUCUGAACAGAAGGAGUACGCUCUGUCAACUCACAGCGAGAAGCUAGCAGUUGUUUAUGGCCUGCUAAAACUUCCUCCUGGAGCCACAAUUAGGGUUUAUAAAAACCUUCGCAUUUGUGGGGAUUGCCAUAACGCAUUAAAGUUCAUGUCACUCGCAGAGCAGAGAGUGAUUAUUGUGAGAGAUGUGAAGAGAUUUCAUCACUUCAGGAAUGGUGAAUGCUCAUGUGGUAAUUACUGGUGAUAGGAGAUAUUCUUACUUUCUUUAUCCACUGGUUUGUGAUUUCCUCCUUCACUGAAGGGCGUGGUAUCAGCCGGCUGAUGGAAGGGAUCAAACAAAGCAAUUUCUCAAGCAUGUCCUCAAAUGGUGCCACUUGUUCAUGGAAUUGGAGGAAGCUAUUGAAGGUCAGGUCUAUAGCUAGGCAAUGUAUACAGAUGGUUAUUGGUGAUGGUCAAGCAACUUUUCUUUGGCAAAACUGGUGGCACCUUCUGGGUCCUUUACUGCAAGCGUUCUCUUCUCAAGUGUUUUAACUCUUCAAGAACUCUGAGAAGCCAAAAGUGUCCUCUAUUCUUAGUGGUGGUUCUGGGAAUUGGCCUCAUAGGAGAUAUCUGAGGGGUGAGGUAAUAUCUCUUAUAAAUGCUAUGCCUCCUCAACCGCUCCCUAUCCCUGGCUAAUCUGAUUCAGCAAUUUGGCUUUCUUCUGCUUGUCGAAUGUAUAUUGCAAAAUCAGCUUUGAUGCAGUUAAGUGUACCAAGUGCUCCUGUUCCUUGGUUUAAACGUGUAUGGGGUAAGAAGCAUGUCUCACGCCUUGCUUUUAUCUUAUGGUUAGCCUGCAGGAAGAGACUAAAUACAAACGAUGGGCUCAUUUCUUGGGUAUUGAAGGGGAACCAGGAUGUGUGUUUUGUUCUUCUGCAGAUGAGGAUCUGAAGCAUCUGUUCUUUCUUUGUCCAUUCUCACACUGUAUGGGAGACUGUGCAAAGAAAGUGUCUUUUAUAUAGAAUGGCAGAUAAUCUUGACACUGAGAUUACUUGGUUUGUAAAACACAGUUCAAAUGCCUCAUUCAUAUGUUGCGGUAGAAGAGUCAUUUUACAGCAUCUGUAUACCAUUUAUGGAAGUUCAGAUAUCAGAUUGUGUUUAGAGAUGAUCUCAUGCUUGCAGACUGUAUCGUUGGCAAGAUUAUCUCAGAUGUUAGAAAGGUGGAUACUAGAUGGAGAGGUGGACCAGAAACAGGAAAUUGCUGAUUUAUAUUAUGCAUUGGUCUGCUUUUCCCGAUAGUUAGAUAGCUUUUAUGGCUAGUUGUUUGCUCUG